GGUGGUGCAGCUGUCACGCUGUUUGCUUUGUAAAUGAAAGUUUUAUGGGUCAAUAAAAUACAAAGUCAAUUAAGAUAAUUACAUUAUAUUAAAAUAAUAAUAUAAAAUAAAGUCAAUAAUAUCUCCACAGGGUUUAAAGUUGGAACCAGUGUUUCCACAUGUCUUGGUGCCCUCAUUCAAAAAUUCUUCCCAGCCCCAAACUAUUUUUUAGAUCCUUCACUGAAAUAGUUAUAUUGAACCAUGCUGCAAGAAUCACUUUAAAAAAAAUCUGUGUUGAGAUCAACUGUCGGGAAAAUGUCCUUGUUUUGUCCUUUUGCGUGGAAAUAUGUAUAAGUAUAAGUAUAUGUAAGUACAUGUACUUCUUGUAUUUUCCUUCCACAGACAGACCUACGGACGGUGUCUGUCUGGGUUGAUCAGGCCGUUCAAGAGCUUGGUCCCAGACCGAAUGCGCUUCUUCGACUGAGCACGUGGUGGCGCUGUUUCGGACGCCGUGAACCCUCGCUGCUGCUCCUGUAUGAGGUGGAAGUUUUUCCUCUUUCCACGUUCAGUAAUCUGACACCCAACAGACCGAGCAGAAGGAUGGACUCCUGAUUCUGAAGGAGGGAACAGUCAUUCAACGAGCUCCAGCAACAGGCGCCGAGCAGAAGCUCUACGCCGUGCGCCGCCACUGGACCCCGUGGCCGCAGCAGCCGUGAGGAGCUGGUUCCGUUGCCCGUCCGCUCCAAAGCCCUCCGACCGACCCGCCGACUCCAAUGAUCUCAAGGCGACAAGUUUUACUUUCCACGGGCGGAUGGGUAACUUUCCACGGCGCUUUGUGAGGAGGAGAUGAUGAAGAAUUUCAGCGGCAGUACCCUUCACAACAACAGCCAGACUGCGAACCACAUACGGGAACGGAACAACAGAAAGUACAGCUUACUCUCCGCCGUACCACUGCGGUUCUCCCUGCGAGGUUAUGGUUUCUGCAUGGCUACGCUGUUCCUCUUCUGCUUCUGCUCCCUGUUUUACCAGCUGAACGGAGGACCCCCGAAAAUCCUCUUUGACAUCCGACAGUAUCUGGGUGCAUCCACUUAUUUGGACGACCACGGACCCCCUGCUCCAAGAGUCCUCCCGUUCCCCAGCCAGGUGGUUUAUAACCGUGUGGGGAAGUGCGGCAGCCGGACGGUGGUCAUCCUGUUGCGGUUACUGGCUGAGAAACACCAGUUCAACCUGGUCUCCUCUGAUAUCCACAAUAAAACACGACUCACCAAACAUGAACAGAUCGAUCUCAUGAGGAAUAUCAGCAACAUCCCUCAGCCGUUCCUCUACACGCGUCACGUUCACUUCCUCAACUUUACUCGGUUCAGGAUAGACCAGCCGGUCUACAUUAACAUCAUCAGGGAUCCCAUCAACCGGUUUCUGUCCAACUACUUCUUCCGUCGUUUUGGUGACUGGAGAGGAGAACAGAACCAUCUCAUCAGAACUCCAGGGAUGAAGGAUGAUGAGAGAUACCUGGAUAUAAAUGUUUGUAUUCUGGAGAAUUACCCGGAGUGCUCCAACCCCAGAGUGUUCUACAUCAUCCCCUACUUCUGUGGACAGCAUCCUCAGUGCAGGGAGCCUGGGGUGUGGGCUUUGGAGAGAGCCAAACAGAAUGUGUUGGAGAACUAUCUCCUGGUGGGUGUCCUGGAGGAGCUGGAGGACGUUCUGGUGAUGUUGGAGAGGCAGUUACCUCAUUACUUCAGUGGAGUACUCAGCAUUUACAAGAGUCCAGAUUACAAGAAGAUGGGGAACAUGACUGGCACAGUGCGUAAACACACACCCACCUUGGAGGCCCUGCAGGUGCUGUACCAGCGGAUGCGUUACGAGUACGAGUUCUACAACUUCAUCCGGGAUCAGUUUCACCUCAUGAAGAAGAAAAUUGGCCUCAAGUCUGUCUCCCAACCUCCCGCCUACUCACCUGCUUUCCUUCGGGAGCUGGACCUCCGAACACCAGAGCCUUUAGAUGAAGACGAGGAGCUGGACACUGACUUAGAAGAUGCCAACAGUUGGCUGGUUCACGCGUAGGCAGCUGUUGUGGAACCACUGGAUAAGGCCAGUGAAAGCUGAUUGGCUUGACACAGCUGUGGGCGCCCUGCAGACAAGGACAUAUUUCGUGAAUCCCAGAAAUGCCAACGAGUGUGGAGUGUUUGGGGGUUAGAGGAUCCUGAGGGUUGUGCUUGUACGCAGCUCAGUGUUCCAUCUUGAAUGGUCACAUGACUCAGUACUGAGGACUAAAGGGCCAAGGAAGUGGAAGGACACAGUGAUCUUUGUAACCAACCACCCAGGACAAUGGAGAAAUGAUGACAAUGAUGACCUUAUAGAUCCUUGAGUGAAAUGCUGUGUCCACAUUUGUUUGUUUCCGUUGUGGUUGUGUUUCUGAAACUGAAGCUUAUCAUCGCUGCAAUCUCCAGGAGAGAUCGGUGUAAGAUGUGGACGGACAAACAUAAGGGGACAUAUUUCACAUGUCUGAAACGGGGAUGUAUUCUGUGUUAACGGACUUGAUGGACUUUUUUCCUAAAUCAUGGAAUAAAAAGGUUUGAAUAAAAGGUUGAAUGGA